GAUCAACUCGUGAGAAUCGCUAAAGUCUUGGGCACCGAAGACUUAUACGAAUAUCUCAAUAAAUAUCAAAUAGAACUCGACCCGAGAUUUGAUGACAUCCUCGGCAGGCAUUCAAGGAAACGAUGGGAACGGUUCGUUCACAGCGAGAACUCCCAUUUGGUUAGUCCCGAGGCACUCGACUUUUUAGACAAAUUAUUACGCUAUGAUCACACGGAUAGGCUGACGGCCAGGGAGGCCAUGGAUCACGCGUACUUCUAUCCCGUUGUAAAGGACUCGACGGCCCGUUCGUUCAUAGAUCCACAGCGCCUGACCGGCCACAGCGGGACUCCACCUCCAGUCGCAUCUGAAAUACUCUGGAUCAUUUUUGGUCCUCCCGACCCGCACGACAAUUCCUCUCAAUAUAUGUUAAGCGAUGACAUGAACCAGAAUUUGGCUCUAAUUGGUUCCGUACCACACAAUGGCAUCAAACAAAUUAGAAUAAACUUUGAGUCUUGGAAUGAGCCGUCAAUUGAAUUCAAAAACCAUUUCAAAGACAACAUUAAAGUCACUCAAAAAGGGUUUCUUAACUAUUAUGACGCCUCUUCUCUAGCGCUUCAAGAAGUGGACAGUACUUUGAUAUUUGGAGGACCGGGAGAUCACUGGCCUCAAGACACGAAGAAUGGUCCGUUUGUUAUUGAUUUAGUCAAGCAUUUCAUUAAUGGUUCCAAUUAUUUGAGUGGAAAGAAAGGAGAUAUUAAGUUAGACUUCAUAUCAUUACACGAAAAGGGAAAGAAAGGCCAGUCGUCUUAUACGGACGCAUCGGAAGACAAGGCAUUGACUGAUAUCGAGAAAGAAUUUGAGAUUUUAAAACAAAUACCUUUUGUUGAUAAUGAAGGCGAUCCUGAAGCCGGUUGGAAUCAGAACAGGACGUGGAGGGCAGACAAUCGAUAUGCCGCUACUGUUGUACAAGUGGUGGCCCGACAUAUAUACCAAUAUAACCACACCAACAAAAUGUCACUGUUUGGGUUCGAUCAUGGAUUCUUGAAGCAACUAUUCCAACAAAUGAGGGAACAGGAGGUAGACUAG